UUUUUCCCCCAGACCAUCAUCACAUCGAAAGACGUGCUUUGCCAGCAACGAAGUAGAUUUCGGCCAGUCGCAAGUCAUUAGGAAAUGAUCGUCGCCAUUGAAAAAUAAACCGGUUUUGCAAGUCUGUUCUAAUCAAAUAAGUCAAGUAUAAGUACAGGAUAAUAAAGUAGAUCUUUUGGAAGGUUUUGCCGUCCACUUCAAGAAAGAGUAGUUUGACUUCAAACUAAAAUGACUCCAUUAACCUCCUACGACCUGGCGUCCACAUGUGUGGACAUCACAUUUUUGGUUGUCAAGACUACAAUGUUAAAUUUUGGACUACAAGGGCCUGGCGUCCACUUAUGAGGACGUUAAGCUUCCACCUAGUAGUGGAAGAAGAGUGUAACAAAGCACAUGUCAAACUCAAGAUGGCUGACAACCCACCCAAACAUUCUGAUGGCUCCUCCCAAUCCAAAAGUCGACCAGAGUGUUAUUCUCUGCAACAAGUAAUGAAAAUGCUGGGGUUAAUUGGUGGAGAAAACUCUGAGGUGGAGGAUUUAUCAGAUAUCGAUGAUCCUGUGGGAGAUGCUGAAUAUCAACCUCCUCCCACCAGCAGUGAAGAAGACAGUAGUGGGUGUGAGGACCCCGUGCCACAGCCCUGUCAGCCUAUCAGGGGACGCAAACGUUUGUGCGAGGAAUACGAGGGAUAUAGGUCAGAUCGUGACAUUGCCACAUCACGCACCCCCAGGCGUCGCUCUCAGACACCGCAGGAAGAGGCUGAUGUCUCAGGCAAUGUCUCUGAAGAUACAACACCAGGACCCAGCCAUGAAGAACAGAACAACAAAGGGCGUGGAAUGCGAUGGAAGGCUUCUUCGCUUACCCCACAUCAACCUCCGUUUGACCACGAGGAGGAAACUGUUCAUGACAGAGAAGGCUGGACCCCCCUGGACUACAUACAACAGUAUAUUGACACAGAUUUGAUAAAAAUCAUUGCAGAUUGCUCAAAUGCUACAUCACUGUCUAGAAGUGGAGAUCCACUCAACACAACAGCUGAUGAAAUUUUUCAUUUUUUUGGUGCCUGUAUUUUGAUGUCUUGUGUACCAUAUCCUGCAAUCAAGAUGUAUUGGUCUAAAUCCUUGAGAUUCCCUGCCAUCACUGAAAAGUUCACACGUGAUAGAUUCUUCCGACUGAGGAGGUCACUCAAAGUGCUCAUUGAUGAGGAUGUUCCAGAAGAUCUGAAAGUGUGACAAGUUCUGGAAGGUGAGGCCUUUUCUCAACCGCAUUCUGAAAGGCUGCAAAUCUCAGGCUCGGCCACAGUGCGUUUCCAUUGAUGAACAGAUGAUUCCAUUCACAGGAGCUUGUCCAUGUCGACAAUAUCUGCCGAUGAAACCAAAGCCAGUUGGCAUCAAAAACUUUGUUUGCGCAACAUCAGAUGGUAUAGUACUGGACUUUGAGAUUUAUCAAGGUGUUGCUGGACUCCGUGAACAAGUUGAAGAACCAGGGAAUCUGGGUUUGGGAGGCUUGGUGAUCGAUCAUCUGUCUCAGACUCUGCAUCCUAAUACAAAUGUGUACUGCGAUCGAUUCUUCACAUCUAUCCAGGCAGUGGAACACAUGAUGAAGAAGCAUCUGUAUAUAACUGGUACAGUUAUGAGGAAUCGAGUUGCUGCUGCAGCGCAGAAAUUGCCAAGUGACAAGACCAUGAAAAAAAAUCGAAGAGGAACCUCAGCACAAGUUACCAAUCUGGAUGGAAACAUUUAUGUCACCAAGUGGUUUGACAAUAAACCAGUGUUGAUGAUGUCUACUGUACAUGCGAGAGAGCCAGAAGACACGUGCCAGCGAUGGGACAAGAAACUGAAACGGCAUGUGACCAUCUCUCGACCAUUUGUUAUCUGUGAAUACAACUCCAAGAUGGGUGGAGUUGACCUUGUGGAUAGAAUGAUGAGCUACUAUCGAAUGAGUGUCCGUACAAAAAAAUGGACACUGCGGAUGCUGAUGCACUUUACCGAUCUGGCUUUAGCCAACAGCCGGCUACUGUACCGCAAAGACCUCACUCUGAAUGACACACCAAAGAAAAACAUCAUGCAGUUCCUUCAAUUCCGCAUGGAAGUGGCCAUGACCUUCUUGGCUCAGAGAGACAAUGACAACUCUGACUUUCCAGAGCAGGAAGAUGACACAGAAGUUUCAGUCCAAGGGAAAUUGCGUCCAGUGCAGGAAGUGCCCCACAUCUCAUUCCGCAGUAAGGCUAAUGCACAUCUGCCAGAAGUGGUACACUCAAAGAACGCAUCACGAAGCAGAGCAAAAGGAUGCUCAGGGAAAACUCGAGUGCAGUGUGUUACAUGCAAGGUGUUCCUCUGCUUACAGGCAGAUCGCAACUGUUACGCUGCCUUUCAUACAUAGGCAUGAACAUUUUCCCAAGGCAAAAAAAUGUUGGAGCACAUUUGGUGUGCAAGUUUCAUGUUUUAUGCCAUGUUCAGAAAUUGAAAUGAACAGUUCAACAGUAGCAAUGAAAAACAUUUUUGAAGUGUACUUGUUUUUUUUUUUUUGUCCUCCUGCAACUGUUAGCAGCACUUCAUAUGACUUGCGUAAAGGGGCACAAGUUGUUGCUUUGAAUUUUGUUUUUGCACUCGGAAAAACUGCUGCCAUGUUCAGGCAACAAAUAAAGUUUUGUACAUCAUUACUCAAUUGUGACGUUAUUGUGUUCACUCAAAUUUAAAACGAAUGUCCUCAUAUGUGGACAUCAUUUUUCUCAGAAACCACAUCAUGUAAAAAGAUCAUUCUUUGUUUUUAUAAAUAUGAUGUUUUCCUAAAUAUCAAAGAGAAAAUAAAAAUGUAUGCCUUGCAAGAGUCCGGGUCUUAGGAGGUUAAAAGUCGUCAUCCAAAAAAUAAACACUCAAGUACAAGUAAACAAGUAUCCCGUGAAGGGAAUACGCAUUUAUAAAGUAACUGCUUAUAGUGUGUUUGUUUAAUUUUUAAACAUUUGUCUUUUUUUUUCUCAGCACAACGUAUAUCUAUUCGAACUGUUAUGUUAAUAAUGUUGUCACCUGUCAAAUGACUGAAUGAUACGGAGCCCCUAAGGUGACAUGGAAGACGAAAAAAAAGAAGAGAGGAAAAAAAAAGGUGACGUUAAAAAAAAAAUAGUGCCCCUAAAGGGACACGAAAGAAAAAGAAAAAAAACACCAAAGUAAAAAAUAAAAAAAAAAUGCCCCGGAAAAAAAAGACCCGGAUAAUUCCACUUUUUUAUACGUGCAUUUUGAAGGUAAACAAUGGCAACAAUGGGGCAUGAUCAGCCGUGGAGCAGGUUAAUUGAGUUUUACUUUGAAAUAGGCCUAAAAUAUGAUGACAUAAGAUCAAUUCUUGAUAUAAAGCACGGUUUCCAAAUAAGCAUAAGACAUUUGAAGCGAGUUUUAAACUCAAUCGGACAUUUUCGUCGGAAAACGUCCUGUGAUUUGGCGGUCCUUGUUGACUUCAUUCGCUUUCCAAAACUCAAACUGACUUGGAGGCACAACUAUUUUCCAACAUUUUAUUUAUUUAUUUAUUUAUUUAUUUGCUUCGAUGUAAAAAAAAAAAACAUUUUUUUUUUGCUUCAACCUCAACUUUUCUUUUUUACUUCCGGGUCUUUUUUUUUCGAGGCUUUUUUUUUUUUUUAACUUUCGUGUUUCUUUUUUUUUUUUUUUUUUGCUUUGAUGGAAAAAAAAAUCAUGUCCCUUUAGGGUCACUAUUUUUUUUUUUUUUAGCGUCAACUUUUUUUUUUUCCUCUCUGUUUUUUUUGUUCUUCUUCCAUGUCACCUUAGGGUCUCCGUAGUAGGGUCUCCGUAGAAUGAGGCCAAAAUGACACCAAAAUCAUUGAAUUCCGACUUGAAAAAUAGAAGCGAAAUCUAAGCCUUCGCUUCCAAAGAGCACGAGUGCCCUCUACCGGUUAAAACAUUUUCUACCAUGAAAUGAAAAAGAUCACCACUGCCAACCAAAAUGUACUCAAUGGUAGCGUUUAGGGCUGUCAAACGAUUAAAUUUUUUAAUCGAGUUAAUUACAGCUUAAAAAUUAAUUAAUCGCAAUUCAAACCAUCUAUCAAAUAUGCCAUAUUUUCCUGUCAAUUGUUGUUGGAAUGGAAAGAUAAGACACAAGAUGGAUAUAUACAUUCAACAUACGGUACAUAAGGACUGUAUUUGUUUAUUAUAACAAGAUGGCAUUAACAUUAUUAACAUUCUGUUAAAGCGAUCCAUGGAUAGAAAGUUGCAGUUCUUAAAAGAAAAAUGUUAGUACAAGUUAUAGAAAUUUUAUAUUAAAACCCCUCUUAAUGUUUUUGUUUUGAUAAAAUCUGUAAAAUUUUCAAUCAAAAAAUAAACUAGUAGCCCGCCAUUGUUGAUGUCAAUAAUUACUUACACAAUGCUGAUGGGUGCUGAAGACUAUAAAAUCAGUCGCACCCAAGCGCCAGCAGAGGGCGGCAAAACUCCAUAAAACACAACAAGUGA